AUGAGAACAUUUAAUGUUACUGGUUUUGGGGAGGUGGAGGUUGUAGGGCAACAUUCCUACACUGGUCAGGCACGCCCCCGUGAACAGGCAAAGAUAGGCGUCAGCCUCCAAGAAGUUUGUUGUUCUUGUGAGAUGGAGCUGCUGGAUUCCAGGUACAUGAGCAGCAAGGCCUUUGAGUCCCAUGUCCUAGGAGAUGCUAUGAGUGCCCUGGACCGUGCUCUGGAGACAUCCUUUUUCUUGAUGACAAAUGAUGAGAUUGCAAGAGUUGUUGUGUGUCUGCCUGGCAAGUUGGUAAAUGUGUCAGAGGAUGUCAGUUUUAAGUGCACUGCCCACCUAAGGAUUGAAGAGAAUAGCAGGCCUGUCUAUGAACUGACUCCAGCUGACAAGUUGGGUAUAGCAGUGAAAUAUAAAAACAUUGGUGUUUCUCUCUAUAAGGAAGGGUUGUUGCACAAACAGACUUUAGCUUUUUUUGUGUUCAGUGAUGCUGUGAAAUGGCUGUGCAUGAUACCACCUGAUGAGGCUGAGGAUUUAUUCCAAGAAGUGAUGACAAUAAAGAUGCAGUGUUAUAACAAUAUUGCACUGUUUCAUUUGCAGCAGCAUAAUUAUAACCUUUGUGUUGUGGCAGCCACAAUCUUGCUGAAUGUUGAUGAAGGGAAUGUGAAGGCUUUGUAUCGCAGAGCCGUGGCCAACACCGAAAUGCAGAAUUAUGAACUGGCUGCAGAGGAUCUGAGGGCUGCCCUGCUCUUGGAUCCCAACAACAAGUCUCUGAAGAGACAACAGGACAUGAUCAAAAGGAAGCAGAAAGACCUUACAGAUAAAUAUGCUGUUGCAAUGAAAAAGAUGUUUUCCUGAUCAGUUUUCAAUGUAAUAACUUUUUGAUGUACAGUAUUACUUGCUGGAGAACCUGCCGGCACUCAUCAGAGUAUUAAUUAUCAAAAAGUUGUUAUAUUGUUGCAACAAAUUGUAUUAAACAAGUUUAUACAUUUAGAGCGAAACUUGACAAUUAAGGCAAAAUGGAAUGACAAACUUGAA